AAGAGGCUGCAGAGGAUUCGGUCGGAGCUGUCCGUGCACCGGUGCCGGGGGUGGGGUCCCGGUGUCCGGUUUUCGAGGGGGGAGACCCCCGUUCUAUGUGGUCUACUUGAAGGCGGCAUUGCGACCGCGCACCGAAAGCUUACACCGGGACCUCGGAAAUCACCGGCUCGCGCAGCGCGUACCCGCGGCCGACGAGGGGAGGAGCUACGCGGGUAUGCGCACCCAGGUGACAUCAAUCCGACCCCCCAAUAUAUAACAGGCAUGGAGCGCCUUGCGGAGGGCUGUGGUCCCUCACACUACACCUAUCAGGUGAGCCAACACAGCUCUGAUGUCCUGCAGCAGCUGAACCAACAGCGCAAAACCGGAGGACGUUUCUGUGAUGUGGUGCUUCGCGUGGGAGAGGACAGCUUUCCUGCCCACCGCGCUGUCCUGGCCGCCUGCAGUCAGUAUUUCGAGUCUGUUUUAGGAGAGGCGGAGGGGCCGACCCCCAGGGAGCUCGAGAUGCACACCAUCAGCCCAAAAGUUUUCGGGGACAUUUUGGACUUCGCAUACACUGCUCGCAUUGUGAUACGACUGGAGAGCUUUCCUGAACUUAUGACAGCUGCUAAGUUCUUGCUCAUGCGCUCCAUCAUUGACAUCUGCCAGGAGGUGAUCAAACAGUCGAAUGUGCAGAUAUUGGUCCCCCCUGCACGUCCAGAGCUAAUGCUCUUCAGGUCGGGGGCUGCUGACAUUGGAUUCCCGUUGGACAUGACUAAUGGCACAGUAAUGAGCUGUUCAGGUAUUGCUGGAUCACUGGGGGAAGAAGAGGAGGACUCUGUGCGUCCAGGACCUGCAGUUCCAAGCCAGACCUCCCUCUUGGCACUCGGCGGAUCUCAGCAGAUGUUGUCAACCCAAUUCCAAGCUCAAGGCCUUGGAGGGAAGAGAGGUCGUGGUAGGCCCCGAAAGGCCAGUGUCUUAGAUUCAGUUUUGUUUGGCGCAAUUAGUGGGUUGCGUGAAGGUGGGGUGCUUCCUUGUGGACUCUGUGAUAAAGUUUUCACGGACCCCUUACGCCUACGGCAGCACGAGGCACAGCAUGGAGUUACUAGCAUACAGCUUGGCUAUGGGGACCUGCAGCCCUCUCGCUUUGGUGAAAAUGGAUUGGGGCAGGAAGACUCUGGAAUCCCUAGAAAGAGAAACAGAGCAAGGAAACAGGUAGCCUGUGAUCUAUGCGGGAAGAUCUUCCGGGAUGUGUAUCAUCUAAACCGCCACAAGUUAUCUCACUCUGGAGAAAAGCCUUACUCGUGCCCUGUAUGUGGGCUGAGGUUCAAGCGCAAAGACAGAAUGUCAUACCAUGUCCGAUCCCAUGACGGUUCUGUGGGGAAGCCCUACAUUUGCCAGAGUUGCGGGAAGGGAUUCUCUAGGCCAGACCACCUGAAUGGACACAUCAAACAAGUUCAUACAUCAGAGAGACCCCACAAAUGUGAGAAAACCAAAGAAGGAUUUCCCAGUGAAGUGCACAGCAAGCAGGAAAAAGGUGGUGGACAGACGUGUAAUGCUUCUUUCGCCACACGUGACCGGCUGCGAUCACAUUUAGCAUGUCAUGAAGACAAAGUGCCGUGUCAGGUGUGUGGGAAGUACCUGCGGGCUGCGUACAUGGCUGACCACCUAAAGAAACACAGCGAGGGACCCAGCAACUUCUGCAGCAUCUGUAAUCGAGGUUUCUCCUCCGCCUCCUACUUAAAGGUCCAUGUAAAAACACAUCAUGGCGCCCUCCUCAGUGCAGGCCCUCGCCGGCCGGAGUCCGUCCCCAACGGGGCAGCGCUCUUCCACAGUGUCCGGACCUGUGGCGUGAAAGAGGGAGACAAAUGUCAGCAUGGAGAACAGGAGAGCUCUGAUUCCUAUGGUGACCUUUCUGAUGGAAGUGACCUCAAAUCCCCCGAAAAGCAAAGUUCCAAUGGCUCAUACACAGCCUGUGACCUUGCCGUACCCAAGAAGACUGAGGCUGAGCCUGAGAAAAGGUAUCCUUGUUCUGAGUGUGGUAGCUUCUUCCGCUCCAAAGCUUAUCUCAACAAGCAUAUCCAGAAGGUGCACACCAGGCCGAUGGGAGCCCCACUUAGUGAAUUAGGACCAACGCUAGGCCCUGCACUAGGUCCUGCUCUGGGUCCUGCUCUUGGGGCAUCACUUGGCCCCACACUUGGUCCCACCCUGGGACCAACUUUAGCUUCGCCUUUCUCACCCCAACAAAAUAUGUCUCUACUGGAGUCAUUUGGUUUCCAAAUUGUGCAGUCAGCGUUUGCAUCAUCUCUUGUGGACACUGAGGGAGAUCAGCAAGGGGUAGGAGGGGAGGGGAAGUAAAUGUGAAGCUGUAGGGCAUGAAAUGUGAGGGAGUGAGACGGCAAGACCCACAACUGAACAUCUGUCAAGGGAGACACCAGUAAUUUCUUUGGUAUAGAAGGAAACGGCAACAAGCAAAAAGUUCAUUGCAGUGAGGGCAGAAGAAGUAGAUCUGUCGCAAAGGCUGUGGAUAAAGGGGACCAGAAGGAACAUUAACACAUUCAUCACCUUUCCGAAGGAUGCUGCUUGCUGGAAACUCCCUCUAGGUUAAGUCACCUCAAACUCAGGAAGACUGACUACAGUACACAAUUAAAUGUAUUAUAUGAUCUACUGUGCCCAGAAACAGGAUAGAGAUAGCGGUGGUUUCCUCCUCGCAGUAUGUAACUGAGAUACCCAUACAGCAGAAAAGGAAAUACAAUGUUACACAGUUGGCUAGCAAGGUCAUGAUUAAAGACUACUCGCUAAACUCACAAUCUAGUGCUUGAUCUACAAGGAUAGCUUCAGAAAAUGAGUGCUGCUACCCGGGAGAUGUGACGGGGAGCACCAGCUACACAAAGUAUACAGAAUGAAUCAAUGAUAUAUUGCCACCUUUACAGUGAUUGCACUGGGUGAUAUGCAUUCAAUUUAUGGCUUAGAGUGUGUGGGAGCACACACAGAAUUUCUAUGUGAAUGUUUUGUAUUCUCCUUAAAGUUGAUCCUUGGCGGUGCAGAAGUGGCCACAGUUUUCAUAACCAGACUAAGAUGUGACCCCCUGAUGAGUCAAUGUGCCUCUUUUACACAUACAGAGGUUGAGUUAAAUUGAUCUGUCACUGUCAUAGCUUUCAUCAAACUAAAUUCAUUUAUUAAAACUACCUAUAGCUUGUA